GGAGCCGGAGAAGGGGCUAGCUCCGAGAUCCGUGCAAUAUCGUAUAAAUAUGAUUGCGGGGUCAAUUCGAAAUCAUUCAAAACUCAACAGUUACACCAAUCUUGCAACUUAAGUUCAAACUUAAAAACCUCUUUCCAAAAUGUUCAAAUUGUGCAUCUUCUCAAUCCUUGUUGCUGCUGCUUCAGCCGGAUACCUUGGUGCCCCCUACGGUCUCCACGCCCCAGCCGUAGUAGCUGCUCAUGCUCCAGUUGCUUAUGCUGCUCCAGCUCCAGUUGCUUAUGCUGCCCCAGCUCCCGUUGCCUAUGCCGCCCCAGUUGUUAAGGCAGUAGCUCCAGUAGCCACCUCAUACGCUAACACCUACAAAGUAUCCGUUCGUGCUCCAGUCGCCUAUGCUGCCCCAGUAGCCGCUGUCCAUGCUGCCCCAGCUGUUGUUGCCGCCCCAGCUUACCACGCUCCUCUCGGAAUCGGCUAUGCCCAUGGAUACCUCCACUAAAUCGUUUUGUGUUGCUUUUCUAAAAUCCUGAAAUGAUACGUGUUUAUGUUGUGCGGGGAAGUGAAAGUUCGAUUGUAGUUCAAGACGAAGAAGGAUUGGAAUGUACAAAAUAACUGGUGCAAUAAUAUAUGUAUCGUGUCAGGAUUGUCCCAAAAGAAUUUAGAAAUUUAUCCAGUAGCACACGUAAAUGCUAUCAACAUCUCAUGUAUUUCUCGUGGUCAGACACUAUUUCAUUCUUUUGUAAAUAGACGGUCAGCUCUGCUGUUAGUUGACUAAUGUUAAUAAAUUAUUUUUAAUGCAAAUUAAA